CAUUCACCAAAAACGGAGAAACCGUGACAGAACUCAAGAUGGAGAAAAACGAUCCGUCUGGAAAGAAGUUUCGGAGCAAGCCACAGCUGGCCCGUUACCUUGGAAACUCCAUGGAUCUCAGCUCCUUUGAUUUCCGCACAGGGAAGAUGCUCAUUAGCAAACUGAAUAAGAACAGGCAGAGACUACGCUAUGACAACAGCACACAGAAUAAGGGCAAACCGGACCUGAACACCUCCCUACCCGUCAGACAGACUGCCUCCAUCUUCAAACAACCUGUCACAAAAGUCACCAACCACCCCAACAACAAGGUCAAGACGGACCCUCAGAAGGCUAUCGACCAACCCAGACAGCUGUUUUGGGAGAAGAAACUUAGCGGUCUAAAUGCGUUUGACAUUGCUGAGGAACUUGUAAAAACAAUGGAUCUGCCAAAAGGCCUACAAGGAGUUGGUCCCGGAUGCACGGACAAGACUCUGCUGUCGGCCAUAGCCAGCGCUCUACACACCAGCGCCGCGCCGAUCACGGGCCAGCUCUCCGCCGCCGUGGAAAAAAACCCGGGGGUGUGGCUCAACACGGCGCAGCCUCUCUGCAAAGCUUUCAUCGUCACCGACGAGGACAUCAGGAAGCAGGAGGAGCUGGUGUAUAACGUGAGGAGGAGAUUGGAAGAGGCUCUCAUGGCGGACAUGCUGGCGCAUGUGGAGGAGACGACGGCUGAGAGCGACUCCUUGAAAGAGGAGGGCAACUGCAAUGAUGAUGUGGAGGCCGUAUAGCAAAGGUGACUUGGAUGUGUCUAAGCCAAGUGGCUUUGGAAUUUCCCAACACUCUUAGAACCAUGAAGACGAUACCAGUCUGACACAACAGUCGAUGCCUCCAUCACAGUAUCCAUCUCCCGCUUUGACUGGCGCUUUUCACUCCACCGGUUGGGAAG